AUGCAACACCUUGGUUUUAAUAGCGCGGAAUGGUUUGAAGCGACAGGUGUCGCAGUCAUCGCCAAAUCGGCGUCGGACCACCCUGGAGUCACAAAUGGCUACUGUCUGCAUGGAGGAUCUUCAAACGGAGAUAAUGGAACUUCACUACGGUAA